CAUCAUCAUCCGGGUAUUGCUAGGCGGACACCGCCAUUGAAAGAGACUUUAGUGCGACGAGGAUCGCGCUUCUUGGCGCUUUAUAGGCGACAUCAAAAGUCUUUAGGGGACGUUACAUCCCCUAAUUGUUUUACCAGUUCACCCUCUUCAAACCAACCACCAAAUUGAUUAUAAUAAUAUCUUGGAUCGAUAUUUAUUUCAUUUCUUUGGUUGUCAAUAUGGCUUUAUAAAAAUGUCGAUUCGUUGUGGUGGAAGUUCAAGUUUCUCUGCUCAGCAGAAAGGGGAAACCCGACCUUCUGGCACCGUGUGCGUGUCACAGGACUUAGUUUAUGUUGGAGGAAGAAAUAAACAUGGAGAAAAAGGGAUUUACUCGUCAAACGUCUGUACCGCCGCCCAAGAACGGGCCAUCGGCGGAAAGUAAGAAAAAUGAUAAUAGCAAUAAAUUUCCUCGUAAUACAAGAAAAAGAGAAUCCCAAGCCAAUGGCCGGGGAGGGUCAGAUAACAAUGGAUCAAGAAAACCUGUCCCACAGAAAUGGAGAUCAUCAGGUGAUAAACGACCGAGAUCUAGAACAUUUAAUCCCUUUGACCGUCAAAGAGAAGAGGUAGCAGGAUAUGGAGAUGAUUCUGGUAAUUAUCGUUCAAAGAAAGGAAAUUUAAAUCAUUUACUUAACUUCUCAUUUGCUCCAAGAGAAGUUGAUACAUUUUCUGGUGGAAGUGUGCGAAAAACAAAAACUGGUAACAGAGUCAGAUUUGACAAGAAGAGAUUUCUUCAAGCCAACUGUCAGUUUAUUGUACAAGAUACCGGUGAUUAUACUGUUCAUUCUGCUGAUCCUGAUAUACUUGUUGAUUGGGAUCUUAUAGAACUAGUGAGAUUGUACACCUUUGAGAAACCAUUGUGUCCUAUUUGUUUGGAUUCACCUGUUGCUGCAAAAGUAACUCGUUGUGGCCAUAUAUAUUGUUGGUCUUGUAUAUUACAUCUCUUAUCAUUGGAAGAUGGUACAUGGGCCGAAUGUCCUAUCUGUUAUAGCCCAGUUGUUGAUAAAGAUCUUCGAAGUGCAGAGCCUAUUAUUGUUAAACCAUAUAAAGUAGGAGAUAAAAUAACAAUGAAAUUAAUGAAGAGAGAAGCAGGUUCAACUUAUUCUCUACCUGUAGAUAGCUGGUUAAAUAGACACGGAAAACCUCACAGUAUCAAUGACGAUGAAAGUAUAACUCGUUAUAUGAAGAUAUUGACGGCAUCACCAAGUGAUAUUUUAUCUCGCGUUAUUUGUAGAGAAAAGACAAGUUUAGAAACACAAUUACUAGUAACUGAGGUAUCCGAGAUUUGCUUCAUAGAGACUGCUCAAGCCCAGUUAAAGGAAAGAGAGAGUAUUUUACAAGUUAAAGCUGAUGUAGAGAAGAAUUUCAAUAAAGUCUAUAGUAAAAAUAGUGAAGGCAAUGCUAAUAUUUCCACUUCCUUCAUAAGUGAUGACAAUAUAUCAUCACGAACAAAAACUGUUUCUAUUGGUUCAACUACAUCUUUACAAUCAGAUGAAUAUCCAGUUAUAUCUGCCGGUAGAUUUAAAACAUUUUCUGAAAGCUCUUUAUCAGAUACAGAUCAUCUUACCACUGAUAUCAACCAUGACAGUUCAGAUUGUGACCCCUCAACCAUGCCAAAAAGUCAAUCAGUUCCACUGGCAAUGGCUGAGGGAGUAUGUUCCUUGGUACUACCAGAAGAAUCUGUUACUGAGCCAGAAAUGUCAACAGAUGAAUCGAAGAAAAUGUUUCAAAAACCUAAAAACAAGCAGGUUUAUUCUUCUAAAAAUGGCUACUUCUGUUUCCAAGCUAAAGAUGGGCAACAGAUUUACAUCCACAAUAUAAAUUCUCGCUGUUUAACUCAUGAAUAUGGAAGUUUGGAGUUAUCUCCUAAAGAAAUAACGGGAAACAUCAUUGAUAUCAGAUCAUUGAGUAUGACUGAAGAACUACGAGCCAGGACCAAGUAUUUAAAUCAUCUGCCAUUAGCCUCUGAAUUUUUAUUGGUUGAGUUGGCUCUGAGGCCACCAAUAUUGUCUAGACAAACACUGGAUCUUUUUCAAGGUGAAAUUGACCAGAAGAGAAGGUUCCGACAAAGGAAGGCUAAUACUGAGAGACAGCGCGAGAAAAAGAUAGUUCUUGAAGAAAACAAAAAAUUAGGAAUAUUUCCUGGAUUAAAUAUAUCAUUAGAAAGUGAAUAUCAAUUUCCUUCUUAUAUGAAUCAGCCAGAACAAGUUAGUAGAGGACAACCAUCAUCUCCACCUGGUAAUAAUGAUGUACAAACAUCUCCUGUAGACAUAUCAGAUUUAUCUCUAUAUGAAGAUAACUCCCCACCCAUGUCCUCACCUGAAGAUAAUAACAGUUCUUCUGUAUCUUUUGCUCAGAUGCUUAGACAAGGACCUGCCAAAGCUCAACAACCUAUCUGGCCAAAACCUGUAAACAAAGUUGAAUCAUUUCCUGCACUAGGUGCUUCACGUGGUGCAGCUGCAGCUGGCGGUGGAGAUAGUGAUGGUAGUGAUAUGGAAGAUUAUGUACCAGUACCAGAAUAUGGUCGAUCAUUUGGUAAUGCUAUACAAGCUGCUCUAGAUAAUGCUGCUGCUGCUAAAACAGCUACUAAAACACCAAAACAAAAAGGCGGAGGUAGUGGUGGAAAAAAUAAAAAGAAAAGUAAAAAGACAAAGGUCCUCUUCUCUACAUCCAUGACACGUGGUACGAUAGAUUAGUAUGUGGAAAUUAUGUGAAAGCUAAUAAACCUGCUUCAUAACGUGUGGAAACAGUAAAAUAAUAAAUGGAUAUAAUGUGAACAAUAACAAAAACUGUUUCAUUACGCGUAGUAUAAUAAGAUUAAUAAAUGGUAAACAUGUGAACACUUAACAACAACUGUUUAAUAAUGCAUGCAGUAGAAUAAUCAAUUGAAACAUAUGAAACCUAACAAAGACUGGUUCAUGUGGCUAAAGUAUAGAUUUUUAUUUGGACAAAUUGUUUUACUCGAGUUGAGAGUAAUUCAGUUAUAUUGGGAAUGUGAAAUGUUUGUUUUACUAGUAGAACAUGUUGGUAACACUGAAUUACAUUGACCUCUUUGAUGCUUGAUAUAUUUUGUAUGCAUUUGAAGUUAUUUGAUUCGAAAAAUAUUGAUUUCAUUCAAAUUUGGAGAAAAAAAAAUACCUUUGAUGCUUGAUAUUUUUUUAUGUUUUUGAAGUUAUUUGAUUCUAAAAAUAUUGAUUUCAUUCUAAAUUGGAUAAAAUAAAUACCCAGUUAUAAUGUUUUGUGCAGAAUAGAAUUGCUGUGAAAUUUGAUGUUGAUUUGCCAACUCUUCAAAACAUUUAUAUCGACAUAUUCUUUAAUAAGAAAAUCAGAAUAUUAACAAUUUAGUUAAAAUUUGUUUUAUGGGCAUACUUGGACACAUUUAAUGCAUUUUGAUGAUUGUAAUGAUCUUUUAUUGCUGAGUGUGGGCAGCUUUAUUAUAGCCAAUAUAUGAGACAAUGAAUGAUUAGUAUUUUUUGUAAAUGAUUUUUCUACAUGAUUUAAUUGUUUGAUAUUGUACAUGAAUCUUUUUAUUUACAAACAGCAAAAAUGUUGCAUUUUUUUUUUUAAUAAUUUAAUCAGAAUUAUUACUGGUUAAAGGGCAUUCAUUUAUAUUAGUAAAUUUGGUUAAUUUUGGUAUGAAACAAGACAUAAAGUUGAAUACGGCAUACAUCAACUCUUUUUAAUACAACGUUUGGGAAAUGAAAAGGCAUUAAUGGAAUAUUGGAUUUCUCAUUACAAUGGGGUUCUUUAAUGAAAUUUCCUCAUUUUCAACCUGUAAAGCUUGAUCUUCAUUUUGUUUGAUCAGAAGUCCAAGGAAAUCCUAUUCCAUAUAGAUAUCCAUAGUUCCAUUACAAUCCAUAUGUUAAGGUACUUAUUUGUAAUUACUGUGCCCCAAAUAGAGUUAUCUUUCUUUUAAUAGUUGUACUUUAACUCAAAAAUUCACAUGUGACACAUAAAACUACUCAAAGGGAAGUAAAUAAUGUCAAGUGUAUUAUUAAAUAAUAUAUUAAGAUGGUUGCCGUGACAAACAUGUGACACACAUAAAGUACUCAAAAGGAAGUAUAUAUUGUCAAGUGUAUUGAAUAAUAAUUUAUGAUGUUUGCGUGAAAAUAUCGUCAUAUAUAUCCAUGUUUUUCCACAUUGCUCUAAUUUAAUUAAUGCUGUUUAUUGUAAGUUAGAUGUAAAAUAAGUUGUAAGUAAAUUUAUUACUAUUGCAUAUUAGACAAUAUAAGAUAUUCCGUAUACUUUUGUUGUGUACAGAUACAUAGAUAUAUAUUUUGAUUUGCAUUUUAAUGGACUAUUGUACAUUAGUUCUGAUUAAAUUAAUGAAACAUCCCUUGUACACAUAUUUCUCAUCACAUUUUGUUUAUUGUAAAGAUUAGUUAAGAAAAAUCAUUGGUUACAUUUUAAUUAACAUGGAAAUGGACUAAUUUGUAUAUUAGUACUGAUUUAACUAAAUGAAACAUUUUCAUCACAUUUUGUUUAAUUAAAAAUGCAUUAUGUAAGAUUUAGAUAAAGAGCUGGCCAUUCUUGUUAAAAUAGUUUUGAAAAGUUUAAUGAAUAAAUUGAAAAUUUCAUUCAAAUUACUUUAUUCUGAGUGGAGUUCUGACUGUUUGUUAAGAUGUUCUAUUAUUCUAGCAAUGGUACAAUCAAGGCCAAGUCUUGGUAAUCCAUUUUAUGGUUAAACUUUUAAAGCUCUCUGAUGUUUUAAUCCAUUUAAAUAUCAACCAUCUGAUUAUCUAGCGAGUUGAUAAUAGGCUUGUCAUGUGAAUAAAAAAUAGUUUAUAUAACAUUUGAAGCCGAAAAAUAGGCCUUCAAUAGGCAGAUUUAACUCUUACAUAAUGCAUCUUUAAUUAAGAUUAUUGGUAAAAUAUUGUAAGUUUAUGAUUUAUUAUGUAGAUAAUUAGUAUUUUAAUUUAUGUAUUAUAAUACUGUUGACUUUGUUAAUUAUUGCUUUCAACAAUAUUUAUUGAAUAGAAACAGAUUUGGUUCAGCACAUAAAAUUGUUUUUUUCAACUAAGCUUUAUUUUAUAAUUGUAUAUUUAGUAAUGCUAGAAGAAAUUUCAAUGUAAGCAGAAUCAUUCUUUGCCUGCACAACACUGGUGGUUAUUUUAUUUCGGAACUAAGAUAUGAACACCUAUCUAAAGUUUUGAACUGUAAUCAAUUAUAUUGAUUGUCAUGGUUUGUUAUCUCUUUAAUUAUUUCAGUUAAAUGUUCUUGUUUAUAAAUGAGCCAUCCUUCUGCUAGCCUUAUAAAGCUACUAAAUAACUGAUUUAUAUUUUCUAUCUGAUAUCCAAUAAAACAUGUUCAGCUUUAAA